CGGCCCACCAUAGCAACUAAUGGAUCAAUACAACAGGUUUUUAAUGGCUGCCUUUGUGUGAUAGCAGGUUUGACGGAUCCCCUCAUGUGACAUCGGUUGAAAAAUUAAACAUGGCUGAUCAAGAAGAGAAUAUUGUUGAGGAAACUCAGCCAACAGAAAAUACAGAAAUUAUCCCAAAUGAAGAACAGCCUGCACCCAAUGAUGAAACUACAGGAGUUGAAGCAUCUCCUGGAGAUCAGACACAGAAUGAUGCAGAAGAACCAACAGUAGAUGACCAGACAAUUGAAGAAACUCAAGGAACAGAAGAAAAUGUAGCAGAAACAGUUGAAGAUCAACCAGCAGUCACUGAACAACCAGAGGUUUCUGAGCAACCAGCAGCGGAUACAGAACAGGCUGAAACGGACGAUGUUCCCAAAGAAGAUCAACCAUCAGCAGAGGUAAAGGGAGAUGAUCCAGUGGAAGAGAAAGCAGAAGAUGCUGCAGAGGAACAAAGAGAAGAUGUAAAGAUUGAUGGUGAAGAAGAAUCAAACCCAGUGGAAGAAAAUGGUUCUGAUCUGAAAAAAGACCAAAGUACAGAAACCAAAACUACAGAGGAAGCACCUCAUCAAGAUCAAGAAACAACAACUGCAGAAGAAAUGAAAACAGAAGCAAAAGAAGGUGUUAGUUUUGAUGCAACUGCCACAGUCAAGUUUGUAUUAAUGCCAAGUGGACAGGUUGUAACAUUAGCUUGUACUCUGGGUCAAACAGUGCUACAACUUAAAGAACAUUUCUCUUCGGAAUUAAAGAUGCCAGUAUCAACAAUUAUUUUAAUGUUUGAUGGUAAAGUUUUGCCUGAUGAUACAAUAUUAGCCAAUUUAGGUGUGGGACCUAAUGGUACAGUACAGUUAGAGAUGCAGUCUGCGGAUCCCGUCUCUACGCCUAUUAAACCAUACAGACCACGACAAGAAUAUCAUAUGCCUGAUGUUAUAACAGUUAAAGUUGAAUCUGAGGAUGGUAAAGGCUAUACUGAUGUUGUUGUAGAAAUAGAAAGAUCUACAAAGAAAAAACCUUUCCUGGGUGGAUACAGACACAAAUCUACUGGCAUAGAGUAUCUCAAUGCUUCUGCUCAGACUAUGCCUAAAGUUCGACCACCUAAUGUUUUAGAGAGGUACUGUCGUGACACCCAAACAGUUCAUCAAAUAAACAAACCUCAACAAACAGCCAAUGAUAUGGCUACACAGAUGACAAAAAUUGGUGUUUAUGUUUCCAACAUGGAGGAUAAACUGAUGGUACCAGGAAAAUACACAUCAGCUGAUGAAUUUCAUGCCAUGAGAUGGUCCAAGAUUGUCAUUAUACAGAAGUAUUAUCGAAGAUGGUUAGCCAGACGUUAUGUACAUAAAUUAAGAGAGGAGAAACGUGCAAGAGUCGAGUGGGAACGUGCGGAAGAGUUGAGAAAAAAGAAAGAAAAAGAAGACAGAAUAAAGAAAGAAUUUGAAAGGAGAAUGAAUCCUAAUUCCAAAGAAGAUUUUGAUCUUCUCUUCCAUGCAUUAGAAAAAUGGAGACAGGAAGAAAUAGACAGGAUAUCCAACACAUUGACAGGUGCCGAAAGGAAAGCAGCAUUAUGUAUGUUAUUAGAUCAGGAAACCCAGUUGUUAGCAGCCAUUGAUAGACAUAAACUAGAGGCAGAUAAAAGUAAUAAAACUAAAAGAAUUCAAGAUUUCUUAGCCAAGACGGCAUCUCCAAAGAAAUGGAAGUCUAAAGAUGGCAAGUAUUUAGAAAUGGAUACGCCCUAUACGAUCCGAGCUAAAGAAUUACAAGAUAUCUAUAACAGUAUAAAUAUGAAAUAUUUAACUCAAGAUGAAAGACUGGAUGUUCUUCUCACAUUAAAACACACUGUCAAGGAACAUGAUUGUAAAUUAACACAAGAGAUUAUAGAGUUAAUUGAUCGAGAGGCUGAUCUAUUAAUGAGAGGUGUAAAAGAAGAUAAUUUAGACGGAUUACGUAAACGUAUUUCUACACUCUUCCUACAAUAUAUUAAAACACCUACGUUUAAUCCCGAGGCCUCGAAAUUACUUAAGGUUCCACAAGAUCCUUCUACCCUCCGUAAAAAUAUUUAUUUCUGUCCUAGUUGUAACAAUUAUCUACCUUCAACAGAAUUCCCCUUAUCAUCAAACUCGACAAAUGUUGGUAAAUGUCGUCGAUGCAACAAGAUUGAUAACGAUGCUAGAGUUCGUCAAGAUUUCAGCCAUUAUAGAUAUAUGCUCAAAUCAUUACGUCGAGCAGAAGAGACUUAUAAUGAUGGCUCAGAAAUCGCUUUCUUACUUCAGGAAACAGACCUGAGAUAUUUGGUUGAAAAUAUCUGGAAUGGUCAGAGUGUACUGAGUGCCUGGGAAGACUUGUAUGAUUUGGUGAUGAUCAGAUGGAACAAACAUGAAGAGUGGUCUCCCUGGAACUGUAUUUUAUUAACAAAAGAUGAAGCCUCGGCUCACGAUAAAUUGUCAGCAUUAGAAGAGGGUUAUGGUCAAGUUUUUAUACACAAGAUCAAACAGAAACAGACUUUAGCCAGGAAUUAUUUCUCAAGAUUACCAGGAAUGGCUGAAAUAAUACGACAGAGGGCAGGGCAGCGUGAUAUGGGAUCGAGAGGGCCAUCAGUAGCAGGAACAGCUGUGUCAAGAAUGCCACAGAAAGUUUAAAACUAUCUAGAAAAUAUAUUCCUGAAAAUGUUGAUUAUAACUGCGUUUUAAAUAUCAAUAAUGAUGGGAAUCCUGAUCUUAUCUGAGAAAACUGAACAAUUUAGUUAAUUGAAGUAUAAACAAUUGCUUUUUUAAAUUUGAUUUGAUUCCUGAGGGUUUUUUUAAGGAAUGAAAGAGAUACAAAGACACUAACUGGAAUAUUCUUGAAGCAAGUCUUUUAAAAGUAAUGUUCAUUGUUAUUUUCUUUUUAAACAAGAAAAUGUUUUUACUAUUAUUUUAUUUCUGAAUGUUAAGGAUUAAAUAUGUAAGUAAGAAAGUGAUAUAUUUUAUUGUAUAUAGUCUAUAUUUGUAUAUGUAACGAUUAUUUAUUGUAGGAUUUACUGAUUUUAAAACUAUCUAUUCUAUAUUAGUUUACUAUUAUCUAAAUAAACAACAAUAUACAGAAAGAUA